AUGUCUCUCUUCGCAUCCUUGGCAAGAAAUCUUGAGGACGGGCGCGCAGCAACGGGAGCAUACGGGAGGGUGCUUCUGGUGGAGGCGGUGCUGCUGGUGAAGGCGGUGCUUCAGGUGGAGGCGGUGCUAGCUGGUGAGGCGGUGCUUCAGGUGGAGGCGGUGCUUCUAGUGGAGGCAAUGCUGCUGGUGGAGGCGGUGCUUCUGGUGGAGGCGGUGCUGCUGGUGGAGGGCGGUGCUUCUGGUGAGGCGGUGCUGCUGGUGGAGGCGGUGCUGCUGGUGGAGGGAGCGAUCUGCUGCAGUCGACCUUCAGACCCACUGAGUUCCCUUGCCCUCCGCUCUUUGCUCUCUCUCUUGAGCUCUCUCGCUGUCGUUCUUUUGCCGCUGAAAUUUCCAUCUACACUCGAUCGAGACGACACCUGCGGCCACCACCACCUCCUGUGGAAAGCCAGCAGAGGGCAGCAGUGGGAUGACGCACGCCAGGCAGCACGCUACGGAGGCAUACGGGCCGUGGGUGGCGCGCAUGCAUCCCGGAUGGACGAGAGCGCGUGGUGGGAUGACGCACGGCCGGCAGCCAUGGGCGUGUGGUUGCCUCUGCCCGCCCUGCUGACCACCCACAGCCAGCAGAGGGCAGCAGUGGGAUGGCGCACGCCAGGCAGCACACUACGGAGGCAUACGGGCCAUGGGUGGCGCGCAUGCAUCCCGAUGGACGAGCGCGCGCGGUGGGAUGACGCACGGCCGGCAGCCAUGGGCGUGUGGCUGCCUCUGCUCGCCCUGCUGACCACCCGCGUGCGAGGGCGAGGAGGCGGUGCUUCUGGCGGAGGGAGGCGGGAAACGCGGCUGGGCUCGGUAAGAGUGUGUCGGGGUGGUGAUGCUCUGAUUGGGGGGUGGCUCCCCCUCGUCGUUGACUCUCACUCUCCCUCUUGCCGAGCGGAGCUGCAAAGCGUGUGUCGGGAUGCGUUGCUUCGAUUGGGGGCUGGCCACCUUCGAUUGGGGUUUCUCAUCCUCCCGCUGCCCACCGUUGGCUCCUCCUCCCUGACUGCAAUACUUCAGUACCCUCGUCCCGGUAACUCCUCUUUCGGCCUUGACGCCCUCCUGAUCAGCACUCCUCUUUUCGUCAACGCUGGACGUGAGUGCAACGCCAACGACCGCCUUCUCUGGAUAAACUUAUCUCUCCUCUCUAGCUUCCUCCUCCUGCAUUCCCGUGUUGUGACAGGACGCGGCAUGGCGGAUUGGGAGAGCUGGGGAGGACAGCAGCAGCACGGGAGGCGCGGCAGCGUGUUCGGGAGGGGGGAUGGAGAGCGGUUGAAGACGCGGCAUGGCGGAUUGGGAGAGCUGGGGAGGACAGCAGCAGCAUGGGAGGUGCGGCAGCGUGUUCGGGAGGGGGAAUGGAGGGCGGUUGAAAGCGCGGAGGAGGAUGGAGCGCCGUCCGCCACCAGCAAUGGCUUCUUUCAGAAGGGAGUGCGGGAAACUUAUCUCUCCUCUCUAGCUUCUUCCUCCUGCAUUCCCGUGUUGCUACAGGACGCGGCCUGGCGGAUUGGGAGAGCUGGAGAGGACAACAGCAGCACGGGAGGCGCGGCAGCGUGUUCGGGAGGGGGGAUAAAGGGCGUUUGGAGCACGGAAGAGGAUGGAGCGCCGUCUGCUACCAGCAACGGCUUCUUUCAUAAGGGAAUACGGGGACCUGGCGAGGACUGUACAGCAGUGGAGGAGCGGCGAGAGCGCAUGGAGCAGCAUGGUGGCAGCACCACUGCCAGCACCGGGAGUGACAACACCGGCAGCACCAUCAUGGGAGUGACAACAGCAGCACGAGGAGGGACAACAGCAGCACGAGGAGUGACAACACCUGCAUGCGAGUAA